GUAUUUUGUUAUAUUUAUGAUUAGUGUUUGAUUUUCAUUUAAUUUAUAGUUGCAUUUUAUUUACAGCAUAUAUAAUUAUUGAUCUGUGUUUCGAUUUGUAGUUGUUUGUUUUGCCGAUAUGCAACCAAAAAAAGAUGAAAUUACUUAUAAUUGGAGAUUCAAUGGUUAAAUAUUUGGAUGAAUAUUUACCGGCGAAUCUUCUGAAUUAUGAAGUAGAUUUACAUUCUUUUCCUGGUGCAACGAUAGAAAGGUUAAGACGUAAGAUAUCCUUUUUGGACAAUCGAUACCAUUUGAUUUUGGUACAUGUUGGUACCAACAAUUCGAAUGACAGUGUUGAAGAUAUUCUUAAAAAGUACGAUUGCCUCUUUAAGGAUAUUAAACGUUUGAACCCGAAUAUCAAUGUUAUCAUUUCAGAUAUCCUACCACGUGGUGAAGAUUUUUUUCACAACUUUAAAUCAGCGAGUAGCAGCUUUGAACCGUUUACAGGUCGUCUCAUCAUUUUGGAGCUAAGUUAUUGGCUAGGGAUGGAUUACAUCUAAACCGUCUGGGGAACAAGAAACUUGCGGCAGUUUUCCUGGAUAAUAUCAAGAUUGUUUUGACUUCAAAGCCAGUUUCUACAAAGGUAAGUCCUUUUGUAUUGCCUUGUGUUUCAUUUACUACAUUGGAUUUUCCACCUCUGAGUGAUUCUUUUGUUUCUGCAAGCCCUUCUUAUCCUCUCUAUU